AUGUCGUUAUCAGGAGAAGUAUUUUCAGGAGGGGCAACCACUUCUCAACAUAUCGAGGCACAAGAUGAUGAUCAUUUUGAAAAUACAACAUUCAAAUUGAAAAGAACUAGAUCUAUGGGAUUAUUAGAUGAAUUUAUCCCUGACAAGCUAAAAGAACAAGAUGGUAAUUCAGAAGCAAAUUCAGCACCAUCCACAACAACAACCAGUUCAGGAAACUUGGCUGCUAUGGCUGCUAUGGCAUCACAAUCAAAUUCACCGUUUGUUGAUGAAAGUCCAAGUAGUCAACAUUACGAAGCUACAGAAACCAUAUCUAACAACUCCGAUGCCAAUGCAACCCAAUCAUCAGUAGCACCUUCACCUCCCUCUCCUGUCAACUCACCUUCACCAGCAUCAUCACCAGCAUUAGAUUUAAAAUCUCCAGAAUUGUUGCCACAUGAUGAUACAGAUUUAACUGCUGAACCUUCCCGUCAUGUUGAUUAUUUAUCCCACCAAUGGGACGUUUCAGAUAUUUGGAAAUCAUGGCGAUAUGUUAUUUCUAAAAGAAGAGAUGUUGCUAAUGCAGCAAGAUUGGAAAAUGCUUCAUGGAGAACUUGGGCUCAAAGACGGUCUAAUCUCAAGACUAUAAGUCCAGAAGUGGUAAAUUGGUCGAAAGAUAGUGAUGUUACUUGGCUUUAUGGACCUAUAUUAAAAGAUGAUGACCAUGUGAAUAAUGAAAAUCAUGAUUCUGAUGCCAUUGAAACUACUGCUACUAGUUCAGUGGCUGGUGAUAUAUCUAUUGCCAAAAAAUGUUCAAGUAAGAAUGGACCCAAACCAAUAUUGAAAAAGCGAACAAUGGAACAACUGAUGAUAAGUCAUUCCAAUUUAUUAAAAUUACAAUUGGCAACACAAAUACAUCAAAAGAAAAGAGAACAAAAGUUGAAACAACAAGAAGAAUUGAAAAGACAACAUCAAUUGAAUCAUCCAGAUGAAUAUUUUGACCCUGAAGCCCUUCUGAACAAAUUAAACAGUCAAUAUAAGAAUACAACUCCGACUCAUAAUAGUAGUGUUGCCAAAUUACAAAAUUUGUUGAAAACUUCCAAUUCCUCAUCAACUGCUAGUUUGAAAGAUUUGAUUAAAGAUGAAGCUGUGGUUGUGCCUUCUUCAGAACAAAUAAGUCAGGAUCAAAACCAAGAGGAUGGUAAUGUUUCUGGGGAUAUUGGAUCCAAAGCUGAAAGACACAUACAUUUCAAUGAUGAAGUGAUGCAAUGCAUUGCUGUUGAUGUUUAUUCUGAUGAUGACCAACGAUUUAAUUCCGGUGAAGAUUAUGAUUCCGAUGAUGAUGAUGAUGAUGACGACGAUGAUGAUUAUUAUGAUGAAUAUGAACCCUCCAAUGACAGUCUAGCUCAGAGCCACCUAUACGAAGGCGACGAUGAAUCCAUAGAGGAAGAAGAAGACGAUGACGAAGAUGCAUCUGAAGAUGAGGAGGAGGACGAUGAAGGAGGGUUCUUUUUAAAUGUGAAAUCCAAUUCCAACGCCCCCUUAAUUUUGGGUCAACAUUCAAGUGGAUCAACUUCAACACCAGUGGCACCAUCUUUAAGUCGUCACACAGAUAUCACCGAUGAUACAGCAUCAAUAUCUACCACCAAUAGUAAGUCUUAUAAAACAAUUCAAUUAUUACCUUCAACUUCUAUCAAUUAUGGUUCUGAUGAAUCUAGUGAUGAGGCAAACCCUUACACGUCAAGUCUUUCUCAUAAUGUCAACAAUGAAAUUAGUAGGGGUUAUGAUUAUUAUUAUGAUUACAACACCGUGUAUACAUGUAAUCCAAACAACUCAGUGUAUGCAUCUUAUCAAAGUCCAGAUGUGGUUGAUGUUCCUGAAAAUCUUGAUAUGGGAUCGAAUUUCGAUUAUGAGUUUAUUGAGAAUAAUGAUAGUAUUCCUAUGGUGGAUACAACAUUUGAAAAUAAUAGUACCAUUAAUAAUAUGCCAAUUUCAUAUAGUCUGCCGUCAUCACCUUUGUCAGUUGCUAUUUCUGGUGGAGGAAGUAAGAAUUCUGGCGUUACUGCUAAUUCACCUAAUUUCCCUAUAGUUAAUGUCAACCCCAAUUCACAAUCACAAUCCCAAACAAAACCAAAAGCGUCUCCUUUCCAAUUGAGUGACUCAGAAGAUGAUUCAGAUAAUGAUUCAGAUGAUUCAAAUGAUGGUAUUUCAGGAUUAUCAAUAGGUACAAGAAGAUCCAGUCAAGCUUUAGCUGAACUGGUUUUCCAAUCAUCAUUGACAACUUCAUCACAGGAAAACCCCGUACCACAACAUUUCCCUGAUACUAAAGAAGCAGAACCAGUUGAUGAACAUAUUUCCAGUAUUAACCCACGAUAUUCUUCGACUUCGAUUUCCAAACAACCUACGAGUUCAAGUUCUCUUUCACAACUGUUUUUCGGAGGUGCUGGUGGAUUUAGUAGUACUGAUAAAGAGUUAUCCAAACUGUUUUUAGGAGGAUCGACCUCGUCUGACGAAAAGAUUACUACUGAUUCAAACCCAGAGUUUAUUCAAACACCAAAUAGAGAUUAUACACCUUCUCCAGAUAAUAACACUUUGACUCGUACAUUAUCUAAUACAUCUAAGAAGUCUUCACCAUUACCACCACAAACAACAUCAGAGAAUGCAUUCAGAGGAGAUGGACAACACGUCCCUCCACAACAACUGCAACAACUGCAACCACGACGGGGAUUAUUAUUUGAUGAAGGUGAUUCUGAAGAUUCUGAAGAUGAAGGAAUGGUUAUUGGUAAAAGAGAAGAUAAAAUUCAUGGACAAGGGUAUAAUGCAUUAAGUCAAGUUGCCGAUAGAAAUGGUAUUCAUAGUCCAAGUCCACAAUUUGGUAAUGAUAAUUUAUAUCAUCAACAUCAAGAUCAUGACCGUGAACAUGAAGAAAAUCAUAAAAAUCUUGUUGGCCAAGCUAGAGGUUUAGCUAAGCAUUUUUUUGGAUAA